CAAUAUCUUUUUUCUUUAAAGAAUAGUUAGAUAUGGGGCAAAGUUUUAAGAUAGUUACCCUUUGCAUGUUGUGCCUUGUUUUGCUAGUCUUAGUAAUUGUUUUGGCACUUAUGUGGUCUAUGCUGGACUUACCUUCAACUGUGUUAACUAAUAAAAUUUGUUUACCUGCUGAAAAGAGGCAUUUAGUUUGCGAUGAUACACCACAGAGACUUCAUGGCUUCUUAAACAGGAUAAUUUCAGACAGUUAUGACCAAGUGAGAAAAAAGGAAGAAGAGCAGCAACAAAGAUUCAUGAAAGAAAACCAACGACAUCUUAUGGCCAUUGAUGAUAUGUUCUUUUGGGAAAUGAAGCCGUCUGCUAAGGUUACUGCAAAAGAACAGCCAGUAGAUACUAAAGGUAUGUAUUUAGAAUAUAGUAACACCAAUAUGAUGUGUUUCGACAUCUGA